AUCAUUUCUGUUUUAAUUUCCAAAGCUGUCUGUCUCCAUCUCUCUCUCUCUCUCCCCCUCUCCCCCCUGUUGGUUUGAGUAAUAAAGAACAAAAUGCAAAUAACAAGGCUUUCGUUGUUUUGGUUUGUUGUCUUAUGGACGUACUCAGCUACUGGGAUGCUCGUUCUAGGGCAAGACCCAAACUAUCCAGGUUUCAUUAGCAUCGACUGUGGGGCAUCCAAUGCUUCCACCGAUCCUGUUCUUCAGCUUUAUUAUCAAACAGACCAUGGAUUUAUAGACUCCGGUGAAAACCGGCUGGUCACUGGCAAUUUCACAGACGGGGAAGUAGUUAGACCUACUGCAGAGACUCUGAGGGCAUUUCCUAAUGGGACUAGAAACUGCUACACAAUCCGGCCGACAACAAAGACUGAUGAAGACAGCAGAAAAUAUUUAAUCAGGGCUUCUUUCUUGUAUGGGAAUUACGACAACCAGAACCGUACCCCGACAUUCGACUUGCACAUAGGAGUUACUUUUUGGGUGACAGUAAGGCUUCCGACGCCUUAUACUCAUGUCCAUAAGGAGGUGAUUCAUGUGGUUCAACCAACAAGCGAUGCUAUACAGGUGUGCCUCGUAAACACUGGCAAAGGAACUCCUCUCAUCUCAUCUUUGGAAUUGCGGCAGCUCAGCAAUGCCAUAUACCUUACUGAUGUUCACUUUCAGACGCUAGCCCUCCAUAAGCGACUGAACAUUGGCAGCACAAAGUAUUUUUUGUUCAGGCACCCAUUUGAUGACUAUGAUCGCAUAUGGAGUCCUGAUGAUACAAACUACGGUUCAGACAUACAGUUUUUGUCCCGGAACGGCUUGUCAGACCCUUCCUUAAACAAAACUAAUGACCCAUAUAAAGUUCCCACAGGAGUUCUUGACACAUGGGCAGCAGGGCUGGAAAGCACUUUCAAGUUCGAGGAAAAUUGGACAACAAAUAUGGCUGCCCCUUCCAAAUGGAUUGUUUACUUUCAUUUUGCAGAACUGAUGAACAUGACCUCACAAAGGAAAUUCACUAUUUACAGCAACAAUAAGGUUGUCGAAACAAUCGACCUCAAUUACCUUGAGCCGGUGACAGUUCGUACCCAUCAGUUUACCAGUGACAUUGGCUUCCAGUUCCAGUUUGUCACCUCUGGGUCAACCUCACCUCCAAUACUCAAUGCCCUGGAGCUUUACCGCCUGCUUGAUCUUUCAACUGCCCCAACAAACAUUGAUGAUGUGACCGCUAUGAGUGUUAUCAAGAAAGCAUACAAUGUGAGAAAAGAGAGUUGGCAGGGAGAUCCAUGUGUCCCUACUAACUUUACAUGGGAUGGUGUCAACUGUAGCACCGAGAGUCCUCCGAGGAUCACCUCGUUGAACCUGUGCUCCAGCGGCCUGAAAGGGAAGAUAGCAGAUUCACUGGCCAACUUAACAGCGCUAGUAUCUCUGAAUCUUUCGCACAAUCAAUUGUCCGGGUCGGUGCCUGGAUUCUUGGCAGAAUUGACGAACUUGAAACACCUUGACUUAAGUGGAAAUGACCUCAGUGGCUCAGUCCCCAAGAACCUGCGGACAAAGGCUGAUGCUGGAACUUUAGAUUUACAUUUGGAUGGAAACCCCAAUCUCUGCAAGUCAGGUUCUUGUGGAUUGUCUAAGAAAACGAAGUACAUUAUAAUUGGAACCGUACUAUUGGUCGCUCUCGGCAGUGCUUCAGCGGUUUGGAGCUGGACAACCCACUGGAACAAGGAUAAAGCUCAAAUAACCCAAGACGUGGAAUCCAACAAGAAGACAUCCAAGCCCGAGGGGCAGGGAAUUUCGAAGGAGUCGAAUGAACUUGGUAGAGAGCCCACACCGGGCGACAAAUAUGAAGAAAACAACAAGAGGAAGGAGGAUAGAUCCUCCUUGAAGGAGGGCGAUGAACAGUACGAGAAACUGAGACAGGAGGUAAGCUCGUUGAAGAAGAUGUUGACCAAGCAGGUGACCAUGUGGUCCCAAGUUCCACAGUUCAUUGGCCAAAUAAGAACGAUCAUGGGGGGCAUGUCAGGCCAACCCGCUGAUGCCGUCUUUCCAAAACAGCAUGACUCCGAGCAUUGCCGUCUCGACCACCGUCAACAGAGAGAUGGAGAUGAUGAGAAAGAGAGAGACAGUGGCCAGAAUGAUGCCCAUAUUUCGAAUGAACUUAGUAGAGAGCCCACACUGGUCAAGGUAUAUGAAAAAAGCCAGAAGAAGAAGCAGGAUGGAUCCGAGGUUAACCCACAUACUGUGGAGACAACUGAGGCUUACCGCCAAUCGAGGUCCCAAGAGGAUAACAACCUUGCCACUCAAGAGUGGCAGGUGAAGGCUAUAGGGAGGAAAAAGAAGGGACUUAUACAGUGGAUGAACUGGCUUCGUCGCCAUGGCUUUAUCAGUGCAUUGGCCGGUUCCUCUGAAAUGGCACAACUAAGUGAGGAGCAAUAUAAGCCACAUACUGCAGAGCAGGAUGGAUCCGGGGUUAACCCACAUACUGUGGAGACAACUGAGGCUUACCGCCAAUCGAGGUCCCAAGAGGAUAACAACCUUGUCACUCGACAGUCGCAGGUGAAGGCUAUCGGGAGGAAAAAGAAGGGACUUAUACAUUGGAUGAACUGGCUCCGUCGCCAUGGCUUUAUCAGUGCAUUGGCCGGUUCCUCUGAAACGGCACAACUGAGUAAGGAGCAGUAUAUGCCACACGCCAAGAAGCAGGAUGGAUCCGGGGUUAACCCACAUACUGCGGAGACAACUGAGGCGUACCGCCAAUCAAGGUCCCAAGAAGAUAACAACCUUGCUACUCAAGAGUCGCAGGUGAAGGCUACAGGGAGGAAAAAGAAGGGACUUAUACAUUGGAUGAACUGGCUUCGUCGCCUUGGCUUUAUCAGUGCAUUGGCCGGUUCCUCUGAAACGGCACAACUGAGUGAGGAGCAGUAUAUGCCACAUACUGCGGAGCAGGAUGGAUCCGGGGUUAACCCACAUACUACGGAGACAACUGAGGCUUACCGCCAAUCGAGGUCCCAAGAGGAUAACAACCUUGCCACUCAAGAGUCGCAAGUGAAGGCUACAGGGAGGAAAAAGAAGGGACUUAUACAUUGGAUGAACUGGCUCCGUCGCCAUGGCUUUAUUAGUGCAUUGGCCGGUUCCUCUGAAACGGCACAACUGAGUGAGGAGCAGUAUAAGCAACUGAGUCUAGACUCAUUGCAUAAGACGUUGACCGAGUAUGUGACCAUGUGGUCCCAGGUUCAACAGUUCAUGGCUCAAAUGACCACGACCAUAGAGGCCAUGUCAGACCGAUCCGCUAAUACUGUCUUCCCACAACAACAUCACUCUCAGCAGCGGCAUUCAGAUCGACGUGAGCAGAAAGGCGGAGAUGAUGAGGACGAGGAAAACCAUGGCCAGGACGACUCCCAGAUGGCUGUAAGCAUGACGACGAUCUCAGGCCAACCCACUGCUGUUGUCUUUCUGCAGCAACAUCACUCCCGGCAACACCGUCCAAUCCAAUAUCAGCCGAGAGGUGGAGAUAAUGAGGCCAAGGAAUACCAUGGACAAGAUGAUGCCCAUAUGUCGAAGGAAAUUGGCAGUGAGCUAACACUAGUGGAGGUAUAUGGAAAAAACUACGAGAAGAACGAGGAUCAAUCUUGGGUCAACCCACAUGCUACGGAGAUAACUGAAACCCACCACCAGGCGAUGUCCAAAGAGGAUAACAGUCGUACCACUGAAGAGUUGGGGUUCUGGAGGUGGGCGAAGGCUUUAGGGAGGAAUAAAAGGAGAAUUAUCCAUUGGAUGAACUGCCUCUAUCGCCUCGGCUCUAUUAGUGGAUUGUCCGAUCCUUCUGGGAUGGCAAAAUUGAGUAAUAAGCACUAUGAGCAACUAACACAAGGGGUAACCUCUUUGAAGGAGAUGUUGACCAAGCAUGGGACCAUGUGGUCCAAGGUUCCACAGUUGAUGGACCAAAUGACCACAAGCAUGGUGGCCAUUUCAGACCAACACCCUGAUGCUACCAUUCCACAACAACAACAUUACCGGAAACAUCCAGACCAACGUCAGUGGAGAGGCGGAGAUGAUGAGGAUGAGGAAAACCACGGCCACGGCGAUGCCCAAGUGGAUGCGAGCAUGGAGACCAUUUCAGAUCAACCCCUUAAUGCUGUCAUUCCACAACAUCGUUCCCGGCAACAUCGUCCAGACCAACAUCAGUGGAGAGGUGGAGAUGAUGAGGGCGAGGAAAACCAUGGCCACGACAACGCCCAAAUGGACGCGAUCAUGGUGGCCAUGCCAGGCCCACCCGCCGAUGUUGUUUCUCUGCACCCACGUCACUCCCAGCAACGACGUCUGAACCAACGUCGGAAGAGAGGUGGAGAUUAUGAGGAUACGAAAGACCAUGGCCAGGACGACGCCCAGAUGUCGAGGGAACUUGAAGAAGAGCCCACAGUGGAUGAAGUGCGUGAUAUAAACGACAAAAGAAAGGAUGAUGCGGAGAUAAUUGAGACCGACCAACAGACGAGGUCCCAAGAGGAUAAUAGCCCUGCCACUCAACAACCGAAGGCCCAAAUGUGGGCGAAUCUUGUGGGGAGGAAUAAGAAAGGACGUUUACAGUGGAUGAACUGGCUUUGUCGCCUGAGCUCUAUCAACGAAUUGGCUGGUCCCUCUGAGACGACACAGAUGAGUGAUGAGCAAUUCGACCAACUGAAUCAGGAAGUGAGCUCAUUCGAGAAGAUGUUGACAGAGCAAGUGAACAAGUGGUCCCAAUUUCCACAAUUCAUGGACGAAAUGACAGAGAGCAUGGCGGCCACGUCAAGCCGACCGACUGAUGGUGUCUUUCUGCAACAACAUCGCACUCGACAACGCCGUCCAGACCAACGUCCGCAGAAAGAUAUAAAUGAUGCGGGUGAGGAAGACCAUGAGCAAGACGAUGCCCAGACAGCCACGAGCAUGGCGGCCAUGUUCAGUGGACCCCCUGAUGUUGUCUUUCUGCAACAACAUCACUCCCAGCAACGCCAUUCGAACCAACGCCGACAGAGAGGUGGAGAUGAUGAAGAUGAGGAAGAUCAGGGCUUGGACAAUGCUGAGAUGGCUGCGAGCAUUGGUGCCAUGUCAGGCCAACCCGCUGAUGUUGUCUUCCUACACCAGCAUCGUUCCCAGCAACGCCAUUUGAACCAACGUCAUCAGAGAGGUGGAGAUGAUGAGGUCGAGGAAGAUCGUGGCUUGGACGAUGCCCAGAUUGCCACAAGCAUGGUGGCCAUGUUAGGCCAACCUACUGAUUCUGUCUUUCCGCAGCAGCAUCACUCCCAGCAACGUCACCCCAACCAACGUCAAGAGGGAGGUGAAGUUGCUGAGGACAAGGAAGAUCGUGGCCAGGGUGCCGAGAUGGCUGCGAGCAUUGUGGACAUGUUUGACCGACCCGCUGAUGUUGUAUUUUCGCAUCUGCAUCCCUCCCAACAACGCUGUUCAAAUCAACCUUUUCAGAGAGGUGGAAAUGUUCGGGACGCGAAAAACCAUGGCCUGGAUGCUGCCCAAACGGCCACGAGCAUGGCAGUUAUGUCAAGCCAACUUGCUGAUGUUGUCUUUCCACAGCAGCACCAUCCGAACCAACGUCAGCAAAGAGGUGGAGAUGAAGAAGAAGAGGAAGGCCAUGGCCAGGACGACACCCAGAUGGCUGCGAGCAUAACAGCCAUGUUAGGUCGACCCACUGAUGUUGACUUUUUGCAGCAGCAUCACUCCAAGCAACGUCAUCCGAACCAAUGUCAGAAGAGAGAUGAAGUUGCUGAGGACAAGGAAGAUCGUAGCCAAGACGAUGCUGAUAGGGCUGCGAGCAUUGCAGACAUGUUUGGCCGACCCACUGAUGUUGUAUUUUCGCAGCUGCAUCAAUCCCAACAACACCGUCCGAACCAACGUCAACAGAGAUUUGGAAAUGUUGGGGAUGCAAAAAACCAUGGCCAGAACGAUUCCCAAACGGUCGCGAGCAUGGUGACCAUGUCAGGCCAACUUGCUGAUGCUGUCUUUCCACAGCAGCAUCAUUCCCAGCAGUGCCAUCCAAACCAACGUCAGCAGAGAGGUGGAGAUGAUGAAGAAGAGGAAUACCAUGGCCAGGACCACGCCCAGAUGGCCGUGAGCAUGGCAGCCAUGUUUGGCCAACCCAUAGAUGUUGCCUUUCUGCAGCAGUAUCACUCCCAGCAACAUCAUCCGAACCAAAGUCAGCAAAGAGGUGGAGAUGAGCAUGAGGAAGAUCGUGGCCAGGACGAUGCCCAGAUGGCCGCAAGCACUAAGGCCAUGUUAGGCCAAGCCGCUGAUGUUGCCUUUCCACAGCAACAUCACUCCCAACAACGUCAUCCGAACCAACGUCAACAGAGAGGUGGAGAUGAUGAGUUCGAGGAAGAUCGUGGCUUGGAUGAUGCCCAGAUUGCCGCAAGCAUGGUGGCCUUAGGCCAGCCUAUUGAUGCUGUCUUUUCACAGCUCCAUAACUCCCAACAAUGCCGUCCGAACCAACGUCGGUAGAGGGGUGAAAAUGAUAGAGACGCAGAAGAUCAUGGCCAGGACGACGCCCAGAUGGCUACGAGCGUGGCGGCCAUGUUAGGCCAACCCGCUGAUGUUAUCUUUCCGCAGCAGCAUCACUCCCAGCAACGCUGUCUAUAUCAACCUCUUCAGAGAGGUGGAAAUGUUCGAGACGUGAAAGACCAGGGCCAAGAUGCUGCCCAAUCGGCCACGAGCAUGGCGGUUAUGUCAAGCCAACUUGCUGAUGCUGUCUUUCCACAGCAGCACCAUCCGAACCAACUUCAGCAAAGUGGUGGAGAUGAAGAAAAAGAGGAAGGCCAUGGCCAGGACGACACCCAAAUGGCCGCGAGCAUAACCGCCAUGUUAGGUCAACCCACUGAUGUUAACUUUCUACAACAACAACACUCCCAGCAAUGUCAUCCGAACCAACGUCAGCGGCGAGGUGAAGUUGUUGAGGACAAGGAAGAUCGUAGCCAGGACGAUGCUGAUAGGGCUGCGAGCAUUACAGACAUAUUAGGCCGACCCGCUAAUGUUGUAUUUUCACAGCUGCAUCAAUCCCAACAACAUUGUCCAAACCAACGUCAACAAAGAGUUGGAAAUGUUGGGGAUGCGAAAAA